AUCGGGAUAACGGCUCUCUAGCAUCUCAUCUUCUGCACCAGACAGUCCUGCUGUCCAAAGACGAUUCUUCACACUUUAAUGAACGUUUAGUAGAUCCWGGCACAUUGGAGGAGUGUUACAAUGGAACUGUUCAACUCUGCUUUUGGAAAAAAUAUAACUUUUGUGCGUCCUGCGUAUUUUGUAAUCAAUGGAUUUAUUGGCUUACCUAACAUGAAGUCCUACUACAUCUUUCUGUUUUUUCUCUAUAUAAUUUCAGUGGUGGGAAACACAGCYGUAAUGGCUGUAAUAUAUUUAGAUCACAAUCUAAGAACUCCAAAGUAUGUUGCCGUUUUUAACCUUGCAUUUGUGGACCUGUUAGAAAGCUCCGCUCUGGUACCAAAGGUGAUUGACRUYUUUCUGUUUAACCAUAACAUAAUCCCCUACAAUGWCUGCUUGACGUUCCUUUUUUUCUGCUACACUUGCCUUUCAAUGCAGUCUUUUAAUCUGGUUGCUCUCUCCUACGACCGGCUGGUUGCCAUCAUAUUCCCUCUUCACUAUCAAGUAAAAGUAACCUGCAGAUCUAUGCUGACUUUGAUCGCCUCUUUCUGGAUCUUUGCUGUAGUUGCUKUCUUAGUUGCUGUCGGCCUCCUGACAAGACUUUCAUUCUGYAAGUCUUUGGUUAUUAACAGCUAUUUCUGUGAUCACGGUCAGAUCUACCGCCUUGCUUGCAAUGACAAUUUUCCAAAURAUGUMAUUGSAUUUUUUUAYCCUGUUCUUAUUUUUUGGCUGCCGCUUGUUUUUAUCCUUUUAAGUUACCUCUAUAUUAGUUAURCUUUAGUAAAAGUGGCAACAUUUCAACMAGGAAUCAAAGCCUUUAAGACCUGCAUCGCUCAUCUUUCGUUAGUGGUUAUCUACUUUACCCCUGUGUUAAUCACAUUUACAAUGAUGGAAAAAAUACACCCAAACAACAGGAUCAUAAACUUGUCUUUGGCCUCGGUGCUGCCACCGAUGUUGAACCCAAUCAUUUAUGUCCUGCAGACGCAUGAAAUCAAAGUGUCAAUGAAAAAAUUAUUUAAAAUAUUUUUUAAAUCAAAAAUAAGAAGUAAAAAUUCCACAACAAUGUGACUUGACUGUAAAAUAAC